GAUUGCCGCGUUACGUCGUGUAGUGGCCAGUAGUAAUUGUGACAACUGUCAUCUGAAUUGCGCGUCUACACAAGACGACGACAGUUCUUUAUUAUUCAAUAAUGUUGUGUUGUAUAUUUACUGAGGCGAACGUAUUAGUUCAAUAUUACAUAUGGUGAUUUACUAAUAGAUUGUAGAAAACUUUUUGUUAGGCUAGGAUUGUGCUGUGUAAAACACUUGACGUAGAUUGUUAUCUUGGAAAUAAGGAAAUAUCAUAAAAUUCAUUAAAAUGUCUAUUGAAUUGGUUGAUGUUCCAUCUUGCCCACCUGAGGUAACACGUAUGACUUCACAAGAAUCAGAAUUUGAUGAUGCUUUGGAAGUACCUGACUCAUUAGAGAUAACAAUUGAUGAAAAUGGAGAGACAAUACAAGUUUAUGAGCAAGAAACAGAACAUGUAGAUAAUAAAGAAAUCCUUGAUGUUAUACCAUUUACUGUUGUGCACAACCCACCAACAAAAUCUAAAAAUCAAUACCGUAAUGUGUUCAUUCCUGGUCAAGAAGUAUAUGUGAGAAUCAUAGAUAAUGAACGUAGUGUGACUACGCAUCCAGUAAACCCAAAUUUAUAUACAAUAGAAUUUAGACAUGGACCUUUUGUCUGGACUAUUAGAAAACGAUAUAAACAUAUUCAAUACUUGCAUAAUCAAUUAAAAAUAUAUCGUGCUAGUUUGAACAUACCUUUUCCUACGAAGAGCCACAGAGAGAAAAGGAACAGUUUAAAACAUCUUGGAAUGACAGACAAGAAGAAAAGUAGACGAAAUGCAUUACCAAGAUUUCCAAAUAAACCUGAUAUUCUAGUACCUUAUGAACAGCUAAAUUGUAGAAGAAAAGAACUAGAGGAUUAUUUGUACAAUUUACUUAAUAUAGAAAUUUACAGGCGUCAUUCUGAGACUAUUAACUUCUUGGAUAUUUCCCAUUUAUCUUUUGUGGCUGACUUAGGAAUGAAAGGAAAAGAGGGUACAAUCUUGAAGCGCACUGGUUCAGGUGCUAGAACAAGAUGCAGUUUCUGUGGCUUACUUGAAUGUGGAUUUUGUAUCAAAUGCAACUACCUCUGCACUUCUUUUUGUGGAAAAUGGCAUACUCGACAUCUUAUUGUUAAAGAUACUUUUGUCGCAUAUCUUACUCCCAAAGAUAACAAAAUAAAAUCUGUUAUUUUGAUGGAUAAUGGCUUUGGAAUCAGUUUUGGGAUGUAUAGUACAGGUUCGCGGAAUGGUAUACAAAUUGCAAAUUUGAGCAGACAUAUAGUUAUUAAAUGUUGGACGAGACGAAAAGCUAAAGAAUGGAUGAAUUUCAUACAGGAAGUUAGUAAUAAAGAAGGUAAAGAUUUUAUACAAACAAAUCCUCAUAAUUCAUUUGCUCCGUAUCGCUCAUCGAUAUUGGGAACUUGGUUCGUUGAUGGGGCCGAUUACAUGUCUGCUGUAGCCGAUGCAAUGGAAAACGCCAAGGAGGAAAUUUUUAUCGCAGAUUGGUGGCUUUCGCCAGAAAUUCAUAUGAAAAGACCAAUAGCUAAUGGAGAUUAUUGGCGAUUAGAUAAAAUUUUACAGAGGAAAGCACUUGAAGGUAUCAAGAUAUUCGUAUUGAUAUAUAAAGAAAUUGAAGUAGCUUUGGGUAUAAACAGUUAUUAUAGCAAACAACGGUUGGUGGAACAAUGUCCCGAAAAUAUCAAAGUGCUGAGACAUCCGGAUCAUGCAAGGGCAGGUGUCUUCCUAUGGGCUCAUCAUGAAAAGAUCGUAGUCGUUGAUCAAUCUUUGGCAUUUCUCGGUGGUAUUGACCUAUGUUAUGGUAGAUGGGACAAUAAUGAACACAGAUUAAUAGAUCUGGAAUCCAUUCAUCAGUCGAGUAUCUAUAUCCCCUCGAAAGAUAAAUUGACUAAUACUAGCAGUAAAAAAAUACUAACACGUAACACACAAAAGCAUGUGUUAUUACCAUUAGCAAUCGCAACGAAUACUAUCGCUAUGGCAACCACAAGGUCUAUCCCUGUGUUACCAAUGAUGAAUACAGAAGCGCAGAAAACUCUAGCGUUGUCAGCAGAUGAUUCACUUUUUAUGCUACAACAAAAGGAAGAUAACGUAAAAUGUAACACUCCUGAAAUGCAAAGAAAAAAUUUAUUUGAUGUUGCAAAAACAACUGUCGAUAAAGUGAAAAACAGUGUGAAAACGAAGAGGCAAGAAUUAAUUAACAUAGUGUACAGUUCUCACGAAGGAUAUGGCAGUGAAGAUGUCGUGGAUAAUUGCGGUAUGACUGCAUCCUUAGAAAUUGAACUUGAAGAUAACAUAGUCGGUGAACAAGCGAGUAUUGAUGACAAUUUAAAACGCACAACGAAACUAUGGCUUGGCAAAGAUUACACAAAUUUUAUUGUUAAAGACUUUAAUGAUCUCGAAAAGCCAUAUCAAGAUCUCGUAGAUAGAACUACCACUCCUAGGAUGCCGUGGCAUGACAUAGGAAUUUUAGUGCAAAAUGCUGUUGCUAGAGAUGUGGCUAGGCACUUCAUACAACGUUGGAACGCUACUAAGUUAGAAAAGGCAAAGCUGAAUAAGUGUUAUCCAUACUUGUUGCCAAAAUCAUAUAAAGACUGUAAGAGCUAUGCUCCGUUUAUCAAAGAAGCGAAUCGACAUAAUGUCAAGUGUCAAGUACUGCGAUCGGUAAGUUCUUGGUCAGCUGGUUUUCUCGAUCCAGAAACCGUGGAACGAAGCAUACAAGAAGCCUAUAUCGACGCUAUCAGUAGAGCAGAACGAUAUAUAUACAUAGAAAAUCAAUUUUUUAUAACGCUUGCGUCAAUGGAGAAAAGUGGUGUGAAGAAUCGGAUCGGUGAAACACUAUUGAAGAGAAUUUUAAGAGCGCACAGGGAAGGCGCGGUGUUCAGGGUAUUUGUCGUGAUGCCUUUAUUACCAGGAUUUGAAGGUGAAGUUGGUGGACCAACUGGAACAUCAUUAAGAGCGAUAACGCAUUGGAAUUAUGCUUCUAUAUCGAGGGGUAAGGAUGCUAUCCUAAAUCAAUUAAUAGAAGCAGGUAUAGAUAAUCCUAGUGAAUAUAUUACAUUCCAUGGUCUGAGAACUCAUGCUAUGUUGAAUGGUACGAUGGUAACAGAACUGAUUUAUGUUCAUAGUAAGUUAAUGAUAGUAGAUGACAAUACAGUGAUCUGCGGAUCAGCUAACAUAAAUGACAGAAGCAUGGUCGCUACAAGAGACAGCGAAAUAGCCGUAAUAAUUCAUGAUGAAGAAUUUGAAGAUGGGCGCAUGAAUGAUAUACCUUUUCUUUGUGGCAAAUUUGCUUCUUCUUUGAGAAAACAAUUAUUCCGUGAACAUUUGGGACUGUUGAAUGCUAAAGAAGAGAUUAACAUCAAUGAUAUUCUUAUCAAAUCUUUUUACAAGGAUGUGUGGUGUGCUAGAAGUAAACAAAAUACGCAAAUAUAUGAGGAAGUAUUUCAAUGUGUUCCUACUGACAAAGUAGUCAAUUUUGCUAUGUUAAAACAAUAUCAAGACAAAAUACCACUCUCUUUAUCUGAUCCAUUAUUGGCGCAAGAAAUGGUAGAAGGCAUCAAGGGUCAUUUAGUCGAUUUACCAUUAAACUUUUUAUGUAAUGAAGAUUUAAAACCUGCUGCUGUCACAGUAGAAGGAAUAAUGCCAACUGCAUUAUGGACGUAA